UUAAACAAUAUAGGAUAAAUACCCAAUGGGCAGACCUACACCUACAGCUGAGGAGCGGGCGAAAUGCUGGAAUUCCCGGGACAGAUAUUUCAAAUGUAUGGAAGACAAUUCGUCUGCGGGAAAUAAGGAUUCUAUUUGUUCAAAUUCAUUUAAAGAGUUUGCUGCAGAUUGCCCUCCUGUUUGGGUAAAACAUUUCACUAGAAGACGAGAUUGGGAGAAAUAUAAAGAAGAAAAAAUGAGUCAGACGCAAGAGUCUUCGCCAGUGAAGGAUAAAACCAUGGGAUCAUCAUGACAUGAAAGAUAUUGAGACUUUAGACCAGUGGUUCUCAACCUUUUCCCUUUCAUGGCUCAUUUUUAUUGCACAAAAACUUUAUGGCCCAUUAACUUUCUCAUGCAAGGGAAAAAUUACAAGAGAAACGGAAAAAAAAUUCACCAAGAAAGACACUUUUAAAACACUUUUAAAGCAAAAAUUACUAUUUAGUAGCAAAAAGAGCAUUAUAAUUCAUUGCUGCCACAAUCAAAGUUUACCUAAUUUAUCAAUAUUUAUUAUGUUUUGCAGCCCACCUGAAAAUAUUUCUGUGGGCCAGAAAAGGCCCAAUUGUUGAGAACCGGUGCUUCGGACACAGUUACCCACCACAUAUUUCCUUGAUGUUGAUCCGACAUUUAAUUUAGUAUCAGAAGUUAGUAUGUGACCAGUUUUAUCUCCGACCAUAACAUAUGGAAAUCAUAUACUGAUGAAUACUCUGAAAAAUUCUGAAUCAAUGUCACACUUCAGAACUGAUUAUUUCAAAUAUCACUAAUUUUUCAAAUAUUCUAUUUGUUUUGAACAUGUGUGGUGGUGGAUGGGCGAGGAAACCGUAUAUCCAUGCAUAUAAGCCUCUGAAAACGGCUCUAAAAUGGUCAAUUCACAAAAAUCGCAUAUAAGCCGAACCUACAAGUCACUGUGCACCUAUCACAGCGAAUGGUUGCAUAAAGGGAAAUAAGGAAAAUGAUAACCAUUAUUGUUGUGCUUUACUUUCAUUAAAUGGUAUGCAUGUAUAUGCCGACCCUUUAGUGCAGUGGUGCUCUCAACUUUUUUUUGCGGCCCAUUUUUGUUGCACGAAAAUUCUGUGGCCCAAAUAACUUUCUCAUGCAAGGGAAAAAUUACAAGAAAACCCGAAAAAAAAAUUUGCAAAGGUAGACACUUCGCUUUAUCAGUUAAAAUAGGAAUUACCAAUCAAAUGCAACUAAUUUA